UGUAAACCUGAAUUGCCUCGUUUAAAGGUCGCAUACAAACAGGCUGCUGUACAUGUCAGUUCCCGUGAUGUCACUAUUAUUCAUAGGUUUAGCAGUUAUAUUAUGACUACAUAAUUACAAAAGAAGUGUCGCCGGGAUGGAUUGAAGGCAUAACUUCCUUCACCGGGGGCCCAGCCUGAAAGGAUAACUCGGCUCGGUUCCCUCCAAUCAUCAGUCUCUCUGUCAGCUGUAUGUAUCGUUAGCCCAGCAGCUAGCUGCAGCUCACCAGGCCAGAGCGGCCGGCCGGUGCAUCAUCAUCCUCAGCUCCCAGCCAUGGCGUUGGUUACUCUGCAGCGGUCCCCGACCCCGAGCGCCGCUUCCACCGCCAGCACAGCAACUACGACCGCGGGGGAGGAUUUUGGGAGUGAAGAUGAACGGCGAGUAAAUCUGAGCCUGAGUGAGAGCUUCUUCAUGGUGAAAGGUGCUGCUCUCUUUCUGCAGCAGGGAAGCAGUCACCAGGGCCAGAAAGCACAUCCUCAUCACAAACAUGCAGGUGACUUACCUCAACACCUGCAGGUGAUGAUAAACAUUCUUCGAUCAGAGGACAGAAUCAAACUGGCGGUACGGCUGGAGAGUGCAUGGUCAGAUCGUGUGCGGUACAUGGUGGUGGUGUACACCAGUGGGCGACAAGACACAGAGGAGAACAUCCUUCUGGGAAUCGACUUCACCAACAAAGACUGUAAAAGCUGUUCGAUAGGCAUGGUGCUACCUCUGUGGAGCGAUACAAAGAUCCACCUGGAUGGAGAUGGGGGUUUUACUGUGAACACGGCAGGACGGACUCAUGUCUUCAAACCCGUGUCAGUGCAGGCUAUGUGGUCAGCCCUGCAGGUUCUGCACAAAGCAUGUGAGGUUUCACGCAGGUAUAACUACUUCCCUGGAGGAAUGGCUCUCACCUGGAUGGGCUACUAUGAGAGCUGCAUUGCUUCAGACCAGAGCUGCAUCAACGAGUGGAACGCCAUGAAGGACUUGGAGACCACACGACCAGACUCACCCACCAUGUUUGUCGACAAGCCUUCAGAGAGAGAGAGGACAGAGUGCCUUAUUAAAGCGAAACUCAGAAGCAUCAUGACGUGCCAGGACCUUGAGAACGUCACCUCCAAACAGAUCCGUACAGAGUUGGAGCAACACAUGAACUGCAACCUUAAGGAAUACAAAGAGUUCAUUGAUAAUGAGAUGCUGUUGAUCCUGGGUCAGAUGGACAAAGCCACCCUCAUCUUUGACCAUGUCUACCUGGGCUCUGAAUGGAAUGCAUCUAAUUUGGAGGAGCUGCAAGAGUCAGGGGUGGCCUAUAUACUCAAUGUAACCCGAGAAAUAGACAACUUCUUUCCAGGCACAUUCAGUUAUCACAACAUACGCGUCUACGAUGAAGAGGCCACCGACCUGCUUGCUCACUGGAACGACACAUAUAACUUCAUUGUUAAAGCAAAAAAGAACCGCUCCAAGUGUCUCGUCCACUGCAAGAUGGGUGUCAGUCGGUCUGCCUCCACCGUCAUAGCUUAUGCCAUGAAGGAGUACGGCUGGUCGCUAGAGAAAGCUUAUAACUUUGUCAAGCAAAAGAGGAGCAUCACGCGACCCAACCCAGCUUUCAUGAGACAGCUGGCAGAAUACGAAGGCAUUUUGGAUGCCAGUAAACAACGGCACAACAAGCUCUGGCAUCCAGACGGAGACUGUGAGAUGGCCGAGGGACAGCAGGGAAUGGCUCAGUGCUGCAGAGGAGAAGAGGGAGGCAUCCUGACUCCAGAUCCAGGAAUGUCUCCCUGCUGUGAGGAAGCACUAUCUGAUAAAGGUGCAGCGUGCCCCUCCCCAUGCAGGACUGUUCCCCUGGAGAACGACCCAGCCUACAACAACUAUUACUUCCGCCGUCUCUCUGACUCUGCGCUGGACAGUGAACCAUCAACACCUGUGCGCGGCCCUCCCCUUCUCGGCAUGGAGAAGGUCUUUAUAGAAAUUGAGGAUGUGGAAAGGGAUGCUCUGCUGGAUGACGAGGCCUUUGAUGGCCGUGAGGGCUUGCCGCUCCCCCACUUUGGGCCGACGGCAGAGGGGACUGCGGCCCAGACCUGCAGUCGCGGUCCAGAGCCCCUUGAGGAGCUGCGUCUGAGGCUGGAAUUCAGCACAGUGGAGGAGGAGGAUGAGGAGGACGUGCAAAAGGAGGAGGCAGAGAUGGAGGUAUUAAUGCAGCCCGAUGAUGGAGGCGGUGGUGAAACGCAAGAUGUCGAAGUAGAGGGUAAUGGGAUGGACCUGGCAAGUCUCAAUGAAAAUUCCAACAAUAACAACCAUUUCAGCACUCCACGCAACUACAAUGAAAAAGCUUCCUCCAUCCUUCUUCCAGCCGAUGCUUCUACGCCACUGCCUUGGUGUGAUCAGACCAAGUCUUAUCUGAAACAAGAUUCUCCAAACUUGGCUUCUAAGCGUUGCCUUAACCUGACUCCUCCCGAAGUCCCAAGUGCUUCAUUCCUACAGCCCCAUACCUCAUCUGAAGGCCUCAGAUCCUCAGUGGGACUGCGGUGCCCCUGUGGGCCUCUGUGUGACUGUGCCAACUGUGCUGCUUCCCCAACCAAGGCUCCACUUGAAAGAGAGGAACGGCUUGGAGAAUCACUGCAGUUAGUAGAGCCUGAGCAUAAUGGGGAGUUCUCUGAAGUAAAGACUGAGCUUGAUGAGAGUCAGUCUGCUAGUGCCUCAGAGGCUCUCCCUGAGCUGAUGAAGAUUGAUUCUGAGGAAGACAAGCCUGCAGUGGCUUGCUACCUUGGCCAACAACAGGAGACCCUUUUACAGCUGCGACAAUCUGGGUUGGUCCGCCGCCGUGCAGAGAGACUAGAGAGACUUGCGGGUUUAUCUCAGGAAAGCCUGAACUCUCUGAAGCCUUUGCACGGAUGCCAAAUGUCCCAAAAGAGUCCCUUUCAAACUGAGGAGGACGAGGAGUUCUCCGGCGACUUCGCUAAAUCUUCAACGCCAUGCCAAGUGCGGUUAGAGCCACUGGUGGUGCCACUGACCAAUGAAGCCUUGUUGGGGGUGGUGGGGUCUGGGCUGCUUACACCCACCUCCUCGCCUCACGGCUCCACCUUGACACGCAGCUCCAGCAGCGACAGCCUGAGGAGCGUGAGGGGGAAGCCUGGCCUCGUACGUCAGAGGGCACAGGAGAUCGAGACCCGCAUGCGGCUAGCAGGCCUUACUGUGCCCUCGAGGCUGAAGCGGUCCAACUCGCUGGCCAAGUUGGGCAGCCUCAACCUGUCCUCCGAGGACCUGUGUUCAGUCUGCUCCUCAGAUGCAGGAACACUCCUGCUCCUCUCACUGUCGCCAGAGCCAGACCCCAGCUUGGACUGGGACUCCCCGACCACCUCUGCGCUAUCCCGGCCCCGCAAGGACUUGCACACUCCAGAGAGGGCACGACCAGGUGAACCUAGAAGCUGACAAAUCAAGUGGAGGCUGUGUACGGUCCACUCAUCCCCUCUUCUGUCACCCUGCGGGGCUGAAGAAGGUUGUACAGAUUCUGGAAACGGGAAAGGGUAGAGUCUGAGAAAAUAAAAAGAAAGCCAACUGUUGUUAUAAGGAGUGUAUGCUCUCCUUUGCCACAUUGUUUCUCAAACUGCUGUUCACAGUGAUGAAAGUCAUAUUGCUGUAUCUGAGAAGUGUGUAAAGCCAUCAGUUCACCUCUAAGUUGUUUGAUUUAUGGACAAACAAGUGCCUUACCUACGAGACCAGAGGCACAGAGCUGUGUGUUCGUCCGCAGAACGAGACGGUACGGUGAUCUGUAACCUUUAAUUUGGUGUCCACUGGCACUUAUCUUAUUUUUAUCUGUCGGGUACAAAGUGGUAGCCUACAUUGAUGAACUUGAUUCCCUCAAAGAGCUUCACAUAAAGCAAACUGUUGAAUAAACAUAGAGUUGUUUACCACACGGUUUAUGUUUAAGAUGCUAGCGGGUUGUAAAAGUAAUGGUUACCUCAUGUUGUGUUCAUGAAGCUUUUGCUCACAUGAAUGCCAAGCAAGAGUUUAAGUCAGUUCAGUUGCUGAUGUCUAGUUAAAGUGAGGAAAUCAGUUUGGUUUUUAAAUCCAUUUUAAUGCAGAAGUGUACUGUGUUAAUGCAUUUACUAUGUGUUAGUCCCUGAGUGAGUGAAUGGGAUGAGAGUAGAGAGAAGAGGUAACUUUUUGCCAGAGGCACGCUCACUGUUCUCAACAAACAGAAACAUUUCUGAGUUUGUUGUUCCUUUGCACUGCUUUUUUAUUGAGUGAAUACUGGUACACAACAAGCUAUCUUCCAAAAUAACAUUGGAGUAAUGUUAUUGACCUCAUCAUUCCCUACGAUGUUCACUGUUCUUGGGAGAGCGGAGUGUGGAGUCACACUACAUGGCUGAAAAUCAUAAAGCGUGACAGAAACUGGGGAUUUAUGACAGCUAAAGUUAGCUGAACAUUCUUGACAAAACAAUAGAAAACAUUACAACAUUCUUUACCUUAAAAUUAUUUAAGGGUUGCCAACAUUUUUAGCUCACAACAUUUUUUACUAUUUUUUUUUCCAAAGGGAAAA